CCAUAAUGAAGGCAUAAUAGAAGAUAUCUUCAAGCGCGCUACUGAGAGUGGACAUCAAAUUAGCGAUCCGAGGUUACAACACACGACUAACCACCGUAUAGAACUCUUCAAAUUUUUGAAGCUAGAUAAGAACGGAAUUUGGGACCCAUUCCAGCUUAAUAUGGGAAUUUCUACGCUUCUAUCGUAUUCGUUGGUCAAGCAAGACGAAACGAAGCGUUAUUUUUCCAUGCAUGUCUUGGUCCACUCAUGGGCUCGCAAUCAUAUAUCACAUUCUCGUCGACCUUGCCAGUUAGAUGCUGUAAAGGCUCUACUAUUAUCGUCAAUUAGCUGGAGGUUCCUCACAGAAGACUAUGCUUUCCGUCGGCAAUUGCUUCCACACGUCAGAGUGGUUCAAAGCCAUAGCCCCACCAAAGAGCAGAUUUCCUUAGAGAAUAUAGAUGACUCUAGCAAUUUUGCACUGGCUUUCUACGAGAGCGGUCAUUAGAAGGAGGCCGAAGAGCUGGAGGUGCAAGUGAAGGAGACGAGAAA